AUGCCCGGUGUAGACUGGAAUAUCUCUAGUGCUUUUUCAUGCAAGAGCAGGAGUCUAAUUGAUGCCCUUAAAGGAGCAUCUCUGAAACAGCAAGUUAAGUCGCCAACCAAAAGAGAUAUCAUUCUAGAUUUAGUCUUCACAAGUGGGGAUCUGGUGCUUGAGGUUAAGAAUAUGUGUGGGAAGAGGAAACAUAUUGGAACAUGGCUGUUUAUGUGUUCACUGAUUGCUACACAAUUACUUUAUAGUCAAGGACAGGAGUAUUCAGGAGACAAUUCAGGUGAUAACGAAUUUCAGGGAGAAAUCUAUUCCGAAGAGAAUGAAAAUAAGAGAGAUCCAUAUGAUAACUACUCAUCAGGAGAUCAUUUUUUGAUAACUGCAUCAGAGAUUCCCUCUAGAACAAAUGUCCCAGAAGGACAUUAUACAGAUGAAGUCACAUUCUCUGGCUACUUUCCGGACACACAGCUUGUAACAGAACAAUCAGGUCCUUACCCAUAUCCCACAGAAUCAUUUUUUGCAGCAAGAGAUGUGACUACAAUUACAACAAUAUUUCCAUAUCAUGGCCGCACCACCCCAAGUGAGAAUGAGAAUAGUUUACCAGCACCAGAGCUUUCCUACCAGGAUGAAGCAACAAACUUAAUUGAAGAAUUUCGGGUAUCAAGUAUUUCUGGAGUGAGAAUCGUUACUGGAUCACAAAAUAAUAUGAAAGCAUAUCAACUUGGCUCAAGAGCCCAUGUUACAAGACAAUCAUGGCUUAUUUUCCCAUAUGGAGUACCACAGGAAUUUUCCUUGAUCUCCACUUUUAGAAUAAAAGAAAAGACACCGGGAGAGGUUUGGAAUCUAUUGCAGAUUGAGUCAAGAACUGGGACUGAACAAUUCAGGCUGCGACUUUAUGGGGAAAUGAACGCUGUAGAUGUUUACAGUGUAGCUGCGUCAGGGCGAGAUAAAGUAAUAACAUUCGAGAAUGUGGACAAACUCUUCGAUGGAAAAUGGCACAAGCUGUCCUUGAGUGUUCGGAGAAAUCAGUUUACUCUCUAUGUGGAUUGCCAACAAGUUGGAUCUUCUCCUGUCAGUCUGUAUGGCACAAUCAAGACAGAUGGAAUCAGCACUAUGGCUCGUAAAUUGAAAGAUGAUGCUACAGCUAAUAUUGACAUACAACAAUUGGAUAUUGUAGCUGACGCAGCAAGAGCAGAGGAAGCUACAUGUUGUGAAUUAACCGGACUAGUAAGUUUAUUGUGUUCAAAUUUAGGUGAAAAUGAAGCACCAACCGGUUGCAACUGCCUCCCUGGGGAACCAGGCUUUUCUGGAUUUCCUGGGUCAAAAGGUGAAAAAGGCAAACAAGGAUCACCAGGUUAUUUAGGAGUUUAUGGAAGACAAGGAUAUAAAGGAUCUAUAGGAGCACAAGGAAGAAGAGGUGAUACAGGGCCCAGGGGAGACCCAGGUCCAGAUGGUUCUGAUGGUCCUUCUGGGUUCGCAGGAGACAUUGGCUAUGUUGGUGUUCCUGGAGAAAAGGGAAUACAAGGCUUACCAGGAAAGAAGGGUGAACCUGGACUUACAGGGCCACUCAGAGAAUCUGGUGAGAAAGGAGAUAUGGGUGCCAUUGGCAAGAUCGGUAAUACUGGUAUAGAUGGGCCUCCUGGUGGAAAGGGAUCUCGAGGGCUACCGGGAAAGCAAGGACCUGAGGGACCAAACGGACAGAAGGGAAUUAAUGGAGUACGUGGCAAAGAAGGUGAUUUGGGAAUAAUGGGACCAAAGGGAGACAAGGGAGACAGAGGGUCACCUGGUCCCCCAGGUAUUGAAGGACCAGAGGGUGCCAUGGGUUCAAGAGGUGAUGAUGGGAUCCCUGGAAAACCAGGACCACAGGGUCUCGGAGGUCCCAAGGGUUCACAAGGGGAUACUGGAGAUGAUGGCAUACAGGGUGAAAAGGGGAGACAAGGUGCGAGAGGAAAGACUGGAGCCAAGGGGGAUCCAGGUGACACUGGAGACAAGGGUUCUCAAGGAAAACGGGGUCCUGCGGGACCAUCAGGUCAGGUGGGCAGGACAGGUGCUCCUGGAUCACCAGGCCCCAGAGGCCAUCUUGGAUUAAUUGGAGAUCGUGGAGAACAGGGUCCUCCUGGGCCUCCUGGAGUACCUGGACCACAAGGACCUGACAUGCCAGAUCAGCUAGUGUAUGAAUUGUGCCGCAAGGUUGUAAUAGAGGCAACAAUAAAGUACGCAGCAAGCAUAAGAGGAAAGUGUGCCAGUGGUUGUCCCAUGGCAGGGGUAUCCUUGAUAGGACCACCAGGACCUCCGGGCGUUACAGGAAAAGCUGGAAAGAAGGGAAAACUAGGCUCUUCUGGAGUGAAUGGAAAACGGGGCCCUAGAGGACCCAUUGGAGUACCUGGACAAAAAGGCGCUCAGGGUGACCAAGGUGAGAAGGGUGCGAAAGGGCAGAGAGGAAAUCAAGGCACAGGACUACCAGGCCCAGAUGGAGUUCAAGGACCUAGAGGUUAUCCAGGUUACCCAGGGGUUGCCAAGGAAGGACAACCUGGACCACAAGGUCCUCCUGGUUACAGUGGACCUCCAGGCCAGCAGGGGAUACAAGGCCCAGCAGGGGUCCCAGGAUUCUGUGAAGCCAGAGACUGUGGUAUUAAUGCUCCAUCAAUGCUAAAUGAGCAGGGGCUGAGGAUGCCAUUUUGA